CAGUAAUGGGAAGAGCUUAAGCCCAGCCAGUGAUGGAAUCUUCCCAGCACUUCAUUUGUUUAUUGCGAAAUCAAACUGAUUUUCAUAAAAUGUUUUGAUAAAUAUAUAAAUAUUUCUGAUAAAUGUUUUCCACCAUGCCUGUAGGAAAGAGGGAGGUAGGUACUGAAAUCCUAUCAGCUGUUUGAAGGGUUGUCUUUUCUCUGUGGGAACUUCCCUAGAGGGUAGUUUGGGGCACCUCCCUCCCUUCCGCCAAACCCAUACGCACACCUUUUGGACCUCAGCUACAAAAGAGGAAUUUCUGUGCAACCUUUUCCAUGCUAGCAGCUGGGGCCGAGAAGGUCAUAGCCAGGGUAAGUUGUGAGAACUCUGGGACAAACGGGAGUCCUCCUGACCCACAGGUGGGACAGAUUACUGCCCCCUCCUCAGGGGGCUCUACAACCCAUUCUCCCCACAGCGCAUCUUCCAAAGUGCAAACCUGAUUUUAUCCUGCCUCCUUAAAACCAUUUUAUUGUCAUCCAAAUUUAAUCCAAUUUCUUCUCAGGCCACAAGGUGCUGCUGGACCCGGCAUCCUGGCACUCCAGGGCAACCAUGCCCACCUAGGUGGCGGUGCGGGUUCCCUGGGGUGCCCAGUUCUCCCUCUCUCUCUUCGGUCUUUUGCCUUUCACACAUCAUUCCCUUCCUUUGCAUGAAAACCUCUCCCCCCGACGCCACUUCUACCCUUCCCCAGGCCUCAGCCUGGAUGUGGCUUCUUCCAGGAAGCUUUCUCAGGCUUCCCAGAGCUGAUUCGGGGUCCAAGCAGCCUAGGUGCCUGGAUUUUGGUGUACUGCUCCUCAGUCGGGCUGUCAGAUUCGAGGGCAGAGGCCACAUCCCAGCAGCCUGCGGUCUCUGCGUUGAGUCGGGACAUUUCAGGGCCGGGAUUCCAUGGUCCUCCGCCAGCUCUGUCUACGCUGGCUUAAAGCUGGUUCCGGCAACAGAGGCUGAGGGCUGCUGACUGGGACUGGCUGUUUCUGUGGGUGCGGCUGGGUCUUCGGGAGGAGGAAGACGCCCCCAGGAGUGUGCCCCUCACAAACAUGGGCGAAGCCCUCCGGCCUGCCCCUCACAAGGAUGGCAUUCGGCGGAUCCUUAUUGGUUCCAAGGGCUCCUUGGGCGGCGCUGAUUGGCGGAGGGCGGAGGCGAGGCGGGGCGGGGCUUCUCCGUCCCAGUCCUGGCCCUCUCCCCUGCGCUGUGACUAUGUCGCAGGCACGGCGCCACUUGCGCGCCGCUCUCUUCCUAGCCGCAGCUUCUCAGCGCGGUGCAACGACCGGGACCGCAGCGCGGCGAGGGUUGGCCGCGUGGCCCGCGCCUCAGGAGCCCGGCAUGGAGUACCAGGAUGCUGUGCGGACACUCAACACCCUGCAGACCAAUGCCGGCUACCUGGAGCAGGUGAAGCGCCAGCGAGGUGACCCCCAGACCCAGCUGGAAGCCAUGAAGCUGUACUUGGCACGGAGUGGGCUGCAGGUGGAGGACUUGGACAGGCUGAACAUCAUUCAUGUCACUGGGACCAAGGGGAAGGGCUCCACCUGUGCCUUCACUGAGUGUAUCCUCCGAAGCUAUGGCCUGAAGACGGGAUUCUUUAGGUCUGACUGCAGGCCAGGAGAAGGCCAGGGGGUGGGCAGGGGGGAGAGUCCCAGUGACCCCGGGUCUCCCGGCAGCUCUCCCCACCUGGUGCAGGUGCGUGAGCGGAUCCGCAUCAACGGGCAGCCCAUAAGCCCCGAGCUCUUCACCAAGCACUUCUGGCGCCUCUACCACCGGCUGGAGGAGACCAAGGACGGCAGCAACUGUGUCUCCAUGCCUGCCUACUUCCGCUUCCUCACGCUCAUGGCCUUCCACGUCUUCCUCCAGGAGAAGGUGGACCUGGCAGUGAUGGAAGUGGGCAUUGGCGGAGCUUACGACUGCACCAAUAUCAUCAGGAAGCCUGUGGUGUGUGGGGUCUCCUCUCUUGGCAUCGACCACACAAGCCUUCUGGGGGACACAGUGGAGAAGAUCGCAUGGCAGAAAGGGGGCAUUUUCAAGCGUGGCGUCCCCGCCUUCACCGUUGUCCAGCCUGAUGGUUCCCUGGCAGUGCUGCGGGACCGUGCCCAGCAGAUCUCAUGUCCUCUCUACCUGUGCCCACCACUGGAAGCCCUGGAGGAAGGGGGGCCACCACUGAUCCUGGGCCUGGAGGGAGAGCACCAGCGGUCUAACGCCGCCUUGGCCUCGCAGCUGGCUCGCUGCUGGCUGCAGCAAAAGGCUCACCAGGGCAUUGGGGAGCUGAAGGCAUCCAGGCCAAGCCUCCUGUGGCAGCUGCCCCUGGCACCUGUGUUCCAGCUCACGGCCCACAUGCAGCACGGGCUUCGGAACACAGAGUGGCUGGGCCGGACGCAGGUGCUGCGACGCGGACCCCUCACCUGGUACCUGGACGGCGCGCACACCGCCAGCAGCGUGCAGGCCUGCGUGCGUUGGUUCCGCCAGGCUCUCCGUCGCGAGAGGCGGGGCGGCCUGCCUGAGGUGCGUGUCUUGCUCUUCAACUCCACCGGGGACCGGGAUCCCGCGGCCCUGCUGAAGCUGCUGCAGCCCUGUCAGUUUGACUACGCCGUCUUCUGCCCAAACCUAACAGAGCUGUCAUCAAUCAGCAAUGCAGACCAGCAGAACUUCACAGUGACGCUGGACCAGGUGCUACUCCGCUGCCUUGAACACCAUCAACACUGGAGCCUCCUGGAUGAGGAGCAGGCCAGCCCGAACGUCUGGAACACCCCCAACGGAGAGCCUGGUGACCCCGCCUCCCUGCUGCUGGCACCCCAUCCACCGCACACCUACAGCCCCAGCUCCCUUGUCUUCGGCUGCAUCUCCCACGCCUUGCAGUGGAUCAGCCAAGGCCGGGACCCUGUCUUUCAGUCACCUGGUCCCCCGCAGGACGUCCUCGCCCACCCUGUGGCCGGCAGUGGGGGCAGUGGGGCCAGUGCGCUCCACGAGGCUGCUGCCAUCCACGUGCUGGUCACGGGCAGCCUGCACCUGGUGGGCGGUGUCCUGAAGCUGCUGGAGCCCUCCCUGUCCCAGUAACCACGGCAGUGGGGUGGGAGGUGGGGACCACCCACCCCCGCCCUACGGUGUCUUUCCAAGAACUGCUCUAUUUGGUGCCUUUUGUUUUUGGCUUUCCUGAUUCUGUCAAGACUGGCCCAGAGACCUGGGCUCUGGGCAGUGAAAUAGAGGGCUAGGGGUGGGAGGCUGAGAUUGGACAUGCCCAGCCUCUGAGCCUAGGGUGCCUUUGGCCUCUCUUUCCUCCCAGCUGAUACAGCCAGGGGGUUUCCCAGUUCUCCCACUAUUGUAUAAUGGGCCUGAGCUCCAGCCUGUCUCUCCUCCCACACUGCCUGCUGCCUUGCUCAGGCCCAGCUUACUGUGUGAGCUGCCUGGCAGGCCUAGGGUCCUGCUGGAUCUUGGUAGAUAGGUUCCCUCCUCCCACUGGCCUUCUGGGAAAGAGAUGGCCCCUGUCUGAGGCCCCUUGGGGACAGGGAGGCUGGGGCGAAUUAAAGCCUUUAACUUUUUAAAAAAAGAAAUGACAAA